CAGAGGAACCAGCAGCAGGAUGAGGUCUGGACCAGUCUGCUAACAGGAACCAGCAGCAGGAUGAGUGCGGCUCAGAGUCAGUCCACCCUGGAGUCCAGACUGGAGGCCCUGCAGUGCCACUUCACCUGGGAUCUGGACCCCAGCAAGUCCAAACUCCUCCGUCUCCGGGACAAGCUGGAGGACAUCGGCACCGAGGAGGGCUACAGCUGGCUGGGACACAUUUACAACCUGCAGGGGUUCAUCCACUACAAGCUGGGCUUCACCCACGAUGCCCAGCGUUCCUUCAGCAGGGCUGCAGAGGCCUUCCGCCAGAUGAGAAACACCAUCUCAGACGAGGGUCCCUGGUUGGUGGUGAACCACGGGAACCUGGCUUGGCUGUUCCACCUUAACGGAGAACAGGCAGAAAGUGAGGCUUACCUGUCAAAGGUCGACGCCCUGAUGAAUGAAUACCCGUCUCCAUCCCAGGACGAGCUCCACCCGGAGAUCUACGCUGAAAAAGCCUGGACCCUGAUGAAGUUCACAGCAGACAAGAAGCAGCUGGCUGCAGAUUACUUCCAAAGAGCCAUCAGGAUGCAGCCGGACAUGGUGGAGUGGCACACCAGCCACGUCAUCGGGUUAGUGAGCGCUUUCAAGCACAGUGACAAAAAACCGAGCGAAGACGUUUUGGAGAAAAUGAAAGUCGCCAAGGAACAUGACUCUGGGAACCUGUACCUGGCCGCUCUGUACCUUGAGCUACGUGCUAAAAAAGGAGAAAAGAUUGAAAGUGAGGCACGUGAGCUGGCUCGAAAGGUUUUAAGAAAGCCCAUCAGCAGCUACAGCGGCAUCAAACCGUUACUCAGGCUCUACAGAAUCUACGUGUCCAUGGAUGAGGCCAUUGAUUUGGCAGAGGAGGUUCUGGAAAGACAUCCACAUGAACGUUAUCUGAAGAGAUGUGCUGCAAUCUGCUACAAGAAGACCAUCUUUUCACACAGGGACAACCCCCUGGUGCACGGUAUGAUCGACAGAGCAAUCAACCUCUACCAGGAGGUGAUUCCUCUCUACCCUCUGUCUUCACUUAAAAGAAAGAUAUCUCUUGCAAACCUAUACGUAGAGUCCAAAUGCCAAGUCAAAGCUGACCAGAUAUACGAGGAACUGCUGGACAGCGAUCUGGAUCCUGAAGGGGUGCAGAUGCUUUUCAACAACUACGCAAAGUAUGUACAUGUCAUUCGGAAGGAGAGCUACAAGUCCAUAGAAUACCACAUGAGGGCAGCAGCCAUACCGCUACAGUCCUCCUACCGUAAAAACAGCAUGAGGACUCUGGAGAGGAUUCGAGAAAGGAACAGAAACCGAAUGUGUGGAGAAAUAGACGAGUUUCUGAACAAUCUGCAGGACUAAGAGCCUCAAACAAUGAGUGGACAUUAGCAGAGUCUUUAUAACUAAACCCAGAGGAAUUAAUCAUCCAUUAAUAACCUUCUCUGGAGGUUUGCCACUACCAAAGACACAUACACAUUCAUUUGAUCAGUCAUUAUCUGAAAAAUUAUUGUAGCCACUUUCAAGGUGAUAACGGCUCCUUCAGAGGACUCAAAAGCAGACUCAGGAUGCUUUCACGUGUAAAGUGUGGUGGACUCGAUUCGGUCAUGAAUUUUUCAUUUGGUAUGGACCAAAAAUGAAUAUGUUUAAAUCAUUAUCGCAUAAUUAUGAAUGAUCGCCAACUGCGCGGUGCCUCACACGGGGCACCAAUGUGUUUAACGCCUGAAACCUGAACACCACCUCUGUUGGUCUCACCGUUCAAAU